AGCCCACCGUGGUGUGAGGUAUACACUGUGCCUUUAAAAAUGGCUUCCAUUCAUAAAUACUUAGUACUGGGUUUAGAUUGUCUUGCUUCUGUUAGUAUUGUUGCAGCAGAAAUCACAGUUGUCCCUGGACUGGCUAAAAUAUUACAACAACAACCUAAUACUGAUCAGUGUUGGCAGCACUGGGAGUUCUGAUGUAGGUGGACCAGCUGCUACCCCAUUUUCAGCAUUACAUUGACUAGAUUAACUUUGACUUUCAUGAUGCCAUGGCUUCAAUUGGACUCAGCCAGUGUUUGUAUGAGAGCUCCCAAGGUUGAUGGUGGAUUUAAAAAAGGUAGAGGAGGAAGAUGAUACUGAAUCACAGCAGCAAGAAGAGAACGAAGAACUGAAAAGCUAUUCAAGAAGAAAGAUCGUUUCCAACUGGAGUCGCUAUGAGGAUACAGAAAAAGAAGGACAGAGCGAACAUGGGGAAUCACAAAGAGGAACAGACUUCAGUGUUUUGCUUAGCUCAGCAGGUGAUUCCUUUGCACAGUUCCGAUUUGCAGAUGAGAAAGAAUGGGAGAGGGAAAGCAUAUGCCGUAAGCAGUUAUCUGCACUUUCUGUUGACUGCCAGUCUUUGGUCCAGGCUCUUCAGGAACUGCCUCUACACCUGAGGUUGAAUGUAGCUGCUGAACUUGUGCAGGCAUCAACACCUGUAGAGCUUCCACAGAUGAAAUCUAAAAUUGCUGAAGACAGCAAGAGGAGAGAGUUUCUGUUCCGACAGCCUCUGGUUCAAGGUGAAAGGGUAUUGGUCUCUCAUCCUGUUGGUGUUUCUGUUGCUCCAUUAGAGCCUGCAAGUAAAAAUGGUUCUAGGGCAAGUGCAGCUGAACCAUUUCAGAGACCUCAUCCACUUUCAAAGCAAGAGACUGACCAUUUGGAUGAAGAACUAGAUCUCCUCCUAAAUCUGGAUGCUCCCAUUGAUACAGAAAACAGACCUGUGUCAGGUGCACUGUCCAACAACUUACCAAGUGAGAAAGAUCUGAAAACAGAAUGUAAGGAAAAUGACACUUUAAAACUAGACAUGCCUGAAGAGAAGAGGACAGGAUCACAGCAACAGCAAAGUGCAUCUAAAGAUGUUACCGAGGAAGAGCUUGAAGAUUGGCUGGACAGCAUGAUUUCCUGAAGCUCAGAUUUUCUUAUGUGAAUAACUGAAUAUAUCAAACAUUAAGUAGAAAGUUGAAUCUCCUUUAUCUCCUCGUUAUUUCCUUUAUCUGUUUCUCUUUGUUCAGUAUGCCAAAUGCCUGUUUUUCUUUGCUGGCACUGUAAACUCUGUACAACCAAUAUUCAUUUAGAUGCAAUUGAAAAUUGACUAAGACUUAGAAAGGUCUAAAAUUUAUGAUGAAAUUAGGAUUUUCUUUGCUAAAGAUGCAGACUGCAGCACACAAAGAGAACAGUUGUUUCAGCUUGUACUUGCUAUAUGUAGUCCUUAAAAUAAAGCUAUGCAUGAACAACAAACACGUGUUUUUAGUCACCAGCCUGAUUCCACAUCUCCAUACUGUAGAAUAAUAAGAGAAAAAGGCAACAAAGGGAAUAUUUGGUUUGUAGUACUUUAUUGCAGUGGGCACUUUUUAUUAGAAGAAAUGAAUGCAUAAUCCUAGCAGCCUCUACUUGCAGGUGACCGUGUAACAUCAUUUUAUUUUGGCCUAAGAUAUAAAUUGUAUUCAUUUUGAUACACUCUCUUUUAAGAGCAGCAUCUAAUAAGCUGUUAUUGAAGGGAGUAUUAUAAACAAACUUCAAGUGCAAUUUCAUACAGAAAGACAGAAAAGCAAUACAGUUAAUGGAUCGGUUCAUCUAGAACACUAACAUAAAUAAAAAGUUUGCAUAGCUAUGUCUACAGAGGUUUUAAGGCACUUAAUGUUUCAAGGUUGACAAAGUGUUUGAAAAUGUUUUUAACUGCUUAAAGCUUUUCAAGCUGUAUCUUAGUACGUUCACUAGCAAAUACUGGGGGAAAAACUGGACAGCAGUUAAAAUAUUUUUUCUGAGGCAUGUCUCUGAUGUUCAAGUUCUUAAGAGUCAAAUGUGCAAUUAAGACACCUUUUAGCCCUUUCAACUGUACUGCCAAACACUAGAUUAAUGCGGUGGUUUAAAAGUUGUUAUAAUUUCAUAUCAUGUUUGAAUUGGAAGGCUUCAGUUACUGUGGCAUAGUUUUCUCUUUUCUAACUAAAAUUCCAACAAUAGACCUGUUUCACAUGUGGUAGGUACAAAAAGCCUAUGAAGUAGUGUCAAAUUUCAUGUAUGUCUUGAAGUUUAAAGACGUUUAAAGCAAAUACAAGCUGUGAAAUUACACCGUGAAAAGAAAAGGAGGGGUUUUGUAUACUGGAUCUUAACAGUUCGUGAAUAAAUAA